GGGCGGGGGCACCUCUCACCCUAUUGCUCUCACUUUCACACGCAUUCACACAUACACAUACACACCCGCGCAGUUGCUGCGGUCACUUCUUUCACUUCAUACACAACUCGAAUGGCUACGUUCAUCACUGAGACUGAAUAAAAGGCUCUGAGAGAAUUUCACUAAAGUUCACCUGAAUAACAACGUCCAGAACCCUCAGGAGAAUCGACUCUGUACAAUCGCUAAAAGAUGACUACACUACUCCAGCCCUUCUCCAGAAACCUCUCUGUCAUUUUCACCACUUCAAUACCAGUGGAUUCAGGUGAUGCCAAUAAAAGCUGCCGCUUUGACGAGGAGUUCAAGUACAUCCUACUGCCUGUGUCAUACUCAAUAGUGUGUGUGCUGGGCUUGCUCCUCAACUCCGUAGCCCUGUGGAUGUUCCUGACCAAGAUGCGUCCCUGGAACACCAGCACAGUGUACAUGUUCCACUUGGCGCUGUCGGACACUCUUUAUGUUCUCUCCCUGCCUACGCUUAUCUACUACUACGCCAACCGGAGCCACUGGCCCUUCGGCGUGGCCCUGUGCAAGAUAGUCCGCUUCCUGUUCUACGCUAACCUGUACUGCAGCAUCCUCUUUCUCACCUGCAUCAGCGUGCACCGCUACCUGGGCAUCUGCCACCCCAUCCGCUCACUGACACUGGUCAAGCCGCGCCAUGCCCACCUGGUGUGUGCCAUGGUGUGGGCCACAGUGACCGCCUGCCUGGUGCCCAAUCUCAUCUUCGUCACCACCUCGCAGCGGGACAAUGACACGCUGUGCCAUGACACCAGCAGCCCAAAUGAUUUCGAGAACUAUGUCACUUACAGCUCGGUUGUGAUGGUUCUGCUUUUCGGUGUGCCCUUUAUGGUCAUCAUGGUGUGCUACUGCUUAAUGGCACGGGCACUUUGCCGCCCCAGGCAGGGCCUUUCUCCUGGCCAGGGCCGCAGCUCCUCCAGAAGGAAGUCCAUCAAACUUGUCAUUGUGGUGCUGACCGUGUUUGCUAUCAGCUUUGUUCCUUUCCACAUCACGCGCACCCUCUAUUACACAUAUCGUGUAUUAGAGGCUGACUGUUGGUUCCUUAAUAUCAUCAACUUCACAUAUAAAAUCACCCGUCCUUUAGCCAGUUCCAACAGCUGUCUGGACCCCAUCCUCUACUUCCUGGCAGGGGAUCACUACCGCUCCAGACUCAUCAGAGCAUUCACGAGGCAACCGCCUAUUGGCCGAUCUGGUGAAUAUCUGCAGUCCCCCCCUGGCAAAAAGAACGAUCUCGCCUUGGUGUAUAAGAACCCAGAUGAUCAAGGCAGUAGUGAGUCUGAUCGCUAGAGGCCAAGCUUUAUGCUUACAAAAAGAAAUUUCAUUGUGAUUGUUUUUUGUUUUGAAAGAAUUAAUCCACUAAACUUUGACUAAGACACAUCUCAAGCAAGGACGCCUCUCACAGUGUAGACCCAAGGACAAGUUUUUACAGCCUUUACUUUGAGAUUCCAUAUGUUCACCAUCAACAAAAUGUACCUUCUGAAACCACAUCAAACCCCAAGUCGGGAUGUAAACACGAAGCGUGGCAUGAAAGAAAGGCAGUCUCUUUGCGGAGGUGAUGUGGUUGGAAGUAGCUUCCUGUGUACACUCCAAAUGAAUGUUCUAGGCAGUCUCAUGAUUGCUGUUAAUCUAGAGCAGGGGUGCUGGAGCUCAUCAUCUGAGAUAAAUUGAAUGCCAUUGUCUUUUCUUAUUUACUGCAUUUGCUCUCUGGUGGUCAUCCUUGGUAAGUUACAGUAGACCAAGAAAACAACACCACCAGUACAACUAGACCACAGGCUCCUACAUUUACUUCAGAGAAAUGCCAACACAAAGGAUCUUUUGCAGUUUAUUACUUCUGAGAACCAGAGCACAUAAGGAUUGAGGUCCUCCUGUGUGGUUCAAAGGUAGAGCUCAAUUCAGGCCAUUCCACCGAUCCCACAGGAGAUCAGAGGAGGCAUCAGGUAGUCUAAUUGAAUUUGCAUUAGAAUGAGGGCCUAAAGGCUGGCCAUGGUUGUGAGGAUGGAGGGAUACUGAAUGAGGAGGUGUUCUGUUGUAAAGCAGACUGUGUAUAUCAACAGAAACAGUGUACGUUCCUCAGAGAUCAGUCCUGGAAGCUCCUGGCGCUCCAGCUGUUUUUGUCCUUCAGCAGAGGAGCUCUGUCUGCUGAAGAAGUGGGUGGAGGAAGGAAGAUUGGAGAAGCAUAAGGGGGCUUUUCACUCUUAUCAGCACCCUCUGAGUGCAAGAGGAGUUUCUUAAUACACCCAUUUGAAGGUGAACACUAAUGUUCAAAGAACGUUCUGGUCAAGUUGCCAGUUUUCUGUAAAGCUGGUGGGAUAUGUUAGCCACUCACCUAACCACUGACAGCUUCUGGUUUGUGUUUUAAUAUGAAGAAACAUUGUAAAAAAGUCUGUUAACUGUCAGUCUCCAAAAUAAAUGUUUACUGUAUAUAAUUACAUAAAUAUACUAUUUACAUAAUGCAGUUUUUUAAAAAAAAAAAAAAAGAAAAAAACUACAAAUUUUGAUUUAACUCUCCUGGCAGGAAUUUGAGUGUGUGAAUGUGUAAUUAUUUAUAUGUAGUUUUAGCUAAAAGAGGUAACGUACCAAUUGUAUACUAUUGCUGCAAAAAUGUACUGUAUAUGAUAUGUUUUAUUAUCAGACUUUUGAGUCAUAUUUUUGAAAUAAAAGUUACUGAAUAGAUGUUAAA